AUGGUAUCCGAGUCGACUUCUAAUAUGCAACUGAAGAUUACCCCUGCGUCCUUAGCGGGUUCUAAGUUGACUAUUGCCAAGAUCGAGGGUUGGUCUAAGAAGUUCGAGACGAUAGCCAAAUUUUAUAAUUGGGGUGAGAAGGCUUAUGAAUAUGUUCCGCUGUUCUUGGAAGAUAAAGUGCAGGUUGCUUAUGAUCAUAUUCCGCUGUCUGAUCGUACUGACUUGAAUAAGGUGAAGGCUUCUCUCAUCCACAGCCUCCUGACUCAAGACCCCUUUGAGGCCUUUAACUCUAGAGUCAUGAAUGAUGACGAGUCGUAUCUUGAUUUCAGUUAUGAUCUCAAACAGCUUGCCCAGAAGAUGUUAUCUGUUGGUGGGAGUUCGGUGGUACCAGAUGUGGCUGAUGCUCUUGCACGAAGCCAAUUCCUUCGUGGUAUUGAUGUUGAAAUGACAGAAAAACUGAGAAUGCUUAAAUUACAGACGUUGGAUGAGAUGGUAGAGAGAGCUAAAACUAUAAGCCGUGGGAAGGAGAUAUCUGAUCAACGAAAGCAGGAGCUGAGUUUUUAUGCUGGUUACUAUUCGGCUCACUAUGAGGAAAAGGGUAAAGGCAAGGGCAACUACAACGUCAAAGGCGGCUAUGAGAGCAAGGGUGUCUAUUUGCAAAAGGAUCCCUAUUGGUUUAAUAGGUGCUAUUCUUGUGGACGAACUGGUCACCUCGCCAGGGACUGCCCUAUGAAGGUGGACCCUGAUGAUACUACGGGUAUGCUGGCUAUUGAUGAAGAUUUCGAUGCGGUUGAUUUCGAAGCCCAAGACAUGGGUAACUGA